AUCCCGACUCAACUCGUGACUUUAGACGCGAAGCGCUCCUCCUGGGGCGUGUAGACCAUCCAGGUAUCAUAAAGAUGUAUCACUACGGGAAAGUACCACAACCAUACAUGGUCCAAUUCUAAAACCUUUUUGUCCCUUCUUUUGAACUUCUUGAUGUUUCUACGCUACCUCUCAAAGCUCAUAUUCUUCUUUGAGAAUCGGCAAAACUAUGGCAUGUACCCUUUCUUGUGAUAACUGAAUUUUGUCACGGUGGUAAUAUGUGGAAUGCCCUUCGCUGCCAUGAAAUUAAAGUCGUCACUUUUCUGAAGACAAUUCCCGGUCAUUUCACUCUGAACGAUGCGGUCUCAAAUGACAUGCCUUUGCUCGACAUCCCCUCUUUAGCGAAGGAUAUAUGUGAUACUCUGGUGUAUCUUCAUGGAGCAGGUUUUGCACAUCGUGACAUCAAAAGCAAUAAUGUGCUCCUCACGUGGUGUCCAGAAAGACAGCGCAUCUGUGCCAAACUAUGUGACUUUGGGAGUGCAGCGCCGGUAAACAAAUUACCACGUCGUCCAGCAAAACCAAAGUGGGGUGGGUUUGAGCGAUUACUUGGGCUCUCUGGCAGUUGGCGGCCCAUAGGAACGAUGCUCUGGAUGGCCCCUGAAAUGCUUGAACCUCCUGUUGAGGGCUCCAUACCACCGGAAGGAUACUCUGGUGAGAAGGUUGAUAUUUAUAGUCUAGGCGUGGUUUUGUGGGAACUGUUUGAAUGGCGUACUCCUUGGACCGAGGAAAGCGCUUUUUCAAGGAAGGAGAUAAUCGAUUUAAUUGUCCGUCGAGAGAAAAGAUUGCCCAUACCAGGUCAUUCUGUGCCAAAACUUGCGCGACUAAUGUCGCUGAUGUGGGCUAGCCGUCCUCUUGACAGACCAAGUGCAAGGGAAGUGUUAUCAACGCUGGAAUCGGUUGGGUCUUCAUGGGACAUGCUCGAUACAUUCUUAGACGUUCAAGAGCUCGCACAUAUCCAUGGAAAGGCAAUAAUGGGGGCACUUGAAAGGUCGUCUGUGACGCAAGAUGAACGCAGAGAAGAAAACGUGGAGCAGGAUUCAUAUCCACGAGGAAUUCCUAAUAUUAGCCAUUCUGAAGAAAGUUCGCACAGCUCGGGUAUGGUCAGGUAUCCAAAGCAAAUGGAUAAAUUGAGUCGCCGUGUGGAAAAGGCAGAUGAAAUACAGCGCAAUCGAGAAGGACUUGUCUUAAAGGAGAUGACAGAACUAGGGACAAGUGCCAGUAUGAAUCCCGAGCAUGCAAUGGAAAGUGAAUUCAACCCCACAGAACACGCAAUUUUCAUCGAGUCUGUCGGGUCACUAUCACUGUCAGAUCUUAAUGAGGAUCUUGCCCGGAUGUUGUUCCGGCACGUGCAAUUUUUGACCUCGGAUGAAAUGAUUGUUGAGGAACUGGAAACUUUGCGCUCAAAAAUCGCAGACCUCCAAAGCAGUGUCGGCGAGCUGCAAUCAAGAACCAAAUUCGAUCCACUUGCUGCCUUCACAGCAGAUGCUCGGCAUAAAGAAAUAAAAAAGCUCACGAACACAAUCGAGUUAAUCACCGCAGAAGAGAAAGUAAAAGUAUGGCGCAACACACGAGGGAUUCUGCGUCAGCAGCUUGUUCAGGCAGAAUCAGAGUACAAUAGAUGGCAGCGAAAAUGUAGGAGUAUAGAGAGAGAUGGAAAAUGAGGGUUCGUGAGAAAUGGAUGUCGAAACCGUGAUGCAUCCAUUAAAAAGAAUAUCAGGCAACAAGGGAAAAACGGUGUCGGCGACCCCCCGUCGUUCUGCCUCUACGACCCUCAAUUAUUUGAUGCCCUCAUAUGGGCUCAAGCCUAGCUUGUUCAAUAUUUUGUCGUUUGCGCCCUUCGAUAUC